UUCAUGUCUCCAUAUGCAACUUGAGAAGAGGAAUUUCCAAUUUCCAUGUUCCAUGUCUCCAUCUGAAACAUGAGAAGAACAAUUUCUUCAUAAUUUCUUCCAUUUUCGUUUCUUCCAUUUUUAGUCCAAUCCUUAUGAUUUCUUCCUUGUUUCUUCCCUUGUGAUUUCUUCUGGAUCUGAAGCUUUUUUUUAUGAAUCACAUGGAUAUUGAAUGAAAGAUGGAUGAUGGUGAUGUUGAUGGGCAUGAAGUGAUGCAAGCUGACUAUGAAGCACUCAAUGAUAUUUUACAUGAGAAUGGUCGUGUUAACGUUGGUGGUGAACUGGAUAUUGUUAGUGAUGAAUGCUCGGAUAAUGUUGAAUAUGAUAAUGUAGUUAUUGAUGAAGAUUUUGAGUUUGAAGAAGUUGAAUAUGAUGAUGAAGAAGCAGAAGAAGAUGGUGAAUUUGACGGAGGUGAAUACGAUGAUGAGGACGCAGGUGAAUAUGGUGAAUUUGAUGGAGGUGAGUAAGAUAAUAAGACUGGUUCUGGUGAUGUUGGUCGACACGAAUAUUGGAAUACAAAUGCAUACAAUGAUGGAAGUGAUGCAAAAUGUUUAGAAUGAAUCAAUAUUUUCAUCUGGCGAAUCACUUGUUGUUGACUAUGUGGACAAAAUUGCAAAGAUGAACAUGUUUAACUUGUAAAAUGAUGAUGUUUUAAAGCUGCAAUUUGGAAGUCUAGAAAUUGCUUAUAAACUUUAUUGUUGGUUUCAAAGAUGAACGAUUUAGCAGUCCGUGAAGGUCAAGUUAUUAAAAAUAAGAUUGUAUAUGUUAUUCAAUAAACAUUUGUUUGUAACCUUGAAGGAUUUAGGUAAGACCGAGUAGAGCAACACAAGCGUGGUCCGAAGCAUAAAACCUGGUGUGGAUGUGGAGCAAAAUUUUGGGUGCAUAUUGAUAUAAUUUCACAUUAUUGGUAUGUCACAAUUUUUACCUUUAAGCACAAUCAUGAAAUGUUAAAGAAGAAGCACUGCAUGUUGUUGGCAACUAAUAUGAAGCUUAGCAAGGCAGAUAAGAUACAAAUUAAGAAUUAUCAAAAUGCUGGAAUCAAAGUAACUCAAAUGAUUGGUGCAUUUGCAAAUGCUUCCGAGGGGGUAUGAUAAGGUAGGAUUUUUGAAGAAGGACGUACAUAAUCAAAUUUAAAGACAAAGAAAAGAGAUGUCUUAUGAUGCUAAAUGUGUUGUUAGGUAUCUUAUAGAUAUUCAUGUUAAAUAUCUAUUGAUGUUUGUUUCACACACGGUGGGUGCGGAUGGAACGAUGCAAAACCUAUUUUGGAGCGAUGGUGAAAGUCAAAAGAAUUAUGAUCUAUUUGGUGAUGUGCUUGCUUUUGAUGCUACUUACAAGAAAAAUAAGUACAUGUGCCCCUCUGUUGUUUUUUCUGGUGUUAUUAUCAUAACCAAACGAUUAUAUUAGCUACUGCCGUAAUUUCAAAUGAGCUUGAAGGGACAUAUAUAUGGUUGCUAAAGUAGAUUUUGGUUGCAAUGAAAGGUAAGAAACCAAUAUUUGUAAUAACAAACGAUGAUAUUUCCAUGAGAAAUGCAAUCAAGCAAGUCUUUCCCAACAGUUACCUUAGGUAAUGUGCAUGGCAUCUCCUAUGAAAUGCAAUGUACAACAUUGGCAAUCCCAAUUUCAUCCCUAUUUUAAGAAAAAUGCAUGCUUGGUGAUCAUGAAGUUUGGAAAUUUGAGAAUUUGUGGAAUGAAAUGGUCUAUUGGUUUGGUUUAGAAGAGAACAAUUGGAUCAAUGAAUUGUACCAGAAAAGGAAGAUGUGAGCAACAUCUCAUAUUCAGGGAAUUUCUUUGCAGGAAUACUAAUGACAUCGCGGUGUGAAGCAUUUCAUAGCCACAUGGGCCAAUUUGUACACUCGAAGAUGAAUAUGACUGAUUUUGUUAAUCAUCUCUAUAGGUGUGUGGCAUAUUUUUGUUUUAGAGAGGUCCAAGCUGAUUUUCAAUCCCAAUAUGGACAUGCAGUGUUACAGAUCAGUCUUAGGGUGCUUGAGAGGUCAGCUUCUAUGCAAUGGACAAAAGAAAUAUUCGAGAUGGUAUGAUCUACUACGAAAAAGGUAUCCUUAAUGUCUGUAUUAGAUACUUAAGAUAUGGCAUCCUUUACAACUUAUGCAGUCACAAAAUAUCGACACGAAGGGCAUGGAUGACGUGUUUCCCACUGUCCAUCGAAUAAUGAUUUAAGAUGCUCAUGUCUUAGAAUGGAAUCUAUUGGGAUUCCAUGUGAGCAUUUGUUGUUGUGAUGGUUUAUAUUGAUAUUGUUGAAUUUCCUAAGACUCUUGUGUUGAAUCGUUGGUCAUUAUUUGAGAAGGAGUCAAUUAGUGGAAUUAUCAAGAUGGUUCACGCUAUUUGGUUGCAAGACAUGCUAAUUUAGUGAAUCUUAAUAAGGAGGUUGAUGACUUGAUAUAUACGAAUAGUGAUGAUUACAAAAAAUAUAUAGAAUAUCUGACUAUUGAAAUUAAUAGGAUUAAGUCCAAGUAUGAUAAUGAAGAUGUUCCAGAUAACAAACAUGUUGUAGAGGAGUUGGAAAAUAUACUUAGGCGUAGGCGGACCAGGUACUGUUGGUACAUCGGGUAGACGUAGGCGGACACAAACAUGUGGUAUAUGCGGUGCAGUUGGUCACAACAGAAUAUGUUGUCCUACUCUUGGAGCAGAUGGAGAGCUUCCUCCAGAUAAUUCAUUACAAUCACCAUAUGUACGCUUAAGAAAUGACUUAGGCUUUUCAAUUUCAAAAUCAGCGAAGUAUGGGAAUAUGCUAAAGGAAUAAGUGGUAUUUGUGAAAUUGCUAAUUGUUUGCCGGUGUAGUUUAUUUAGCUAAGUUUGUAGGGCCGGUGUGAGGAUUUUGGGACUGUUGUAUUAACAUGUAUGGGAUUUUUGUUGUGGUUGUUUCUAAUUAGGGGUGAGCAGUUAACCGGGUCCUUGUUGGAUACUGUCUUGUAAUGGUAUUGGAUAACUUUGGAUGUUAUUUUGUAAUUGGCAUUGUGCCUUGUUCAUUAGUUU